AGCUAUUUACCAGACCGCUCUCAACUGCACUGCGCAAUAGUCUUUUGUUUCACCUUGUGCUUUUUAAAGAAACUGGAAAUAAUGUUUUUCUCUCGCAUGCUUUUGUCUCUUUCCUUUUUGGGCUUCCUAAGCGACUUCGGCGUGUCCUGCUGUGAUGAGAACUGUGCAGACAAGCCUGUCUUCAGUCCGCCCAGAUUGGUGGUGGAGUUCGGCGCGGCAGCGUCCGCCAGCUGCUCCGUGUGCCAGACCGCUUGCCACGACAAGAAGUUUGGCCUGGAAAAAUCAGUCGGGACGGAAAACCGAACCGGGACCACCAUUUCAUGGACCAUCGACAGAAUGGACCAGUGGCCUUCAUCCGCCAUGUGCUACUACAACAUCGGCAAUGGCUCCCAGUGCUGUAGCACCCUGCCAGUGAUUGUUUAUCAGUACCCACAAAAGGUCCAUUUAGAAUGGAUCCGUCAAGACGGACCGCUGUUGGAGGGUCAACGGUACACGCUGUCCUGUGCAGUGGAGAAAGUGGCUCCGGUUAAAAAUCUGAUAGUGGAAUUCCUGGAAGGGUCCAGAUUGUUGGCUAAGUACGACAUAAAGAACAGCAGAGAGAAGAAGCCGUCUGACAAGGUGUUCAUGCACAACAUCACUGCCAGCAAAGAUAUUAAUGGUGCCUAUUACUGCUGUCAAGCCAAGCUGGAUUUAGGACCUGAGGGGCCACUCCAUCCACGUGUGGUGAAAUCUGGCACACUCUUAUCAACAGUUCACUAUAAGCCUCAGUUGAGUGGUGCGUCCGAUUUGGGACUAAUCACACUUUCAACGGGAGAUUCGCUCGGCCUCAACUGCUCCGCCGAGGGCAACCCAAGACCCUCGUACAAUUGGACCCUCCCAUCAUUGGCAUCCGCUCAAUCCCCUUUCACUGGCGACAUUUUCACCGUGGACUCAGUGACCACGGCGCAUACAGGACAGUACGUCUGCAGCGUCAGCAACAGCAUGGGGUCAACCACUGCUCACUUUAACGUGGAAGUACACGCCAACUACAUGUAUAUUAUUUUAGCGGUGGCAGCAGCGGUUGUCGCACUUGUGGUCCUCGCCUUCAUCGUCGUGUACAUCCAUUGCUACCGACUUAACAAGACUGGGAAGUACAACCUGAAAGACGUGUUGCGUUUGCACCGACCACACGUCGCCUUGCCCACCGGGGAGUUGUAAGACGGAAAAGUAGUGUGGCUGUCUCUCUCACUGUGUUUUUAUUGCUCUGUGAGUUGUGUAAUGUAAAGUACAGAAGACGACUAAGGCACAAAUCACUUUCAAUCAUCGUCCAUACUAACAUUUUACUAAGAGUGGUUUUUGCAUGAGUGAUUUUUGUUAAGAAUAUGGCACAACAAGAGCACACUUUGAUCAAACAUACUAAUAGUCUACACGCAGGAUGUUUGCCUGCAUUUUCUUUAUAUAAAUCCACUGGAAAUGUCAAAGGAUACCUAAGUAUUAGGGAUGAAACGGUUUAUGAAAAAAUGUAUAACCGUUCGGUUGACCUCACACGGCUCAGAACACGGGCGUUGUUCGGAUCACGUUUUUUCUUUGUGUUGCUAAUCAGCAGAGGUGGGACCAAGUCAUUGCUUUGCAAGUCACAAGUAAGUCUCAAGUCUUUGCCCUCAAGUCUCGAGUCAAGUCCCGAGUCAAGACAGGCAAGUCCCGAGUCAAGUCCAAAGUCAAGACUAGAAAGUCUCAAGUCAAGUCCCAAGUCCUGCAUUUUGAGUUUCGAGUCCUUUCAAGUCCUUUUAACCACAGACUAAUAUUUUUACACAGAUUGUGUAUGCUUUUAAAACGCUGUAUUUAUUUAUUAAAACAAGUGCAUUUGAAAUUGCAGGAAAAAAAAUAGUGCUGACAUUGCAAUUCAUAAUAGCACUAUUAACCAGUCAUUUUAAUAGUUUAAACAAUUUUAAACAUUUAACUCAUUCCUUUACAGAAUAAACACAUUUGCAAAAACAAACAUUAACAUACUAUUGGUUGUAUUUUAUGAAAAUAACAUUACCACAAAGUUGAGAAGGAGCAAAGAUCUUCAAUAUUUGUAUGUGAGAAUCACAAAGAAAUCUUCUGGGGGAGGAUGACGCCCCUACAGGGGUUUGGUUUACAAACUUUCUGCCCCACCUAAAACAAAAUUCACCAGCCGCCACUGAUUAUGAUGCAUUCUCAUUUUAGGAAAAGUAUAAGACAAUACUUUCUUAACAGUAUAAUUGUAACCAGGAAUAAGUCUUCAAGUAACAAUAUUCAAAUACUAACAUUGUUGGGUAAGACAGCAUUUGGUUUUAUUCUGAAUCCAGUGAAACAGAUUGGUGGUUUUAGCUGAUAUAAAGACUUUCAGGUGUUUAUAUAUGUUUAAGUAUUUGGCAGACGCUUUUAUCCAUAGCGACAUACAUAAAAAAUAGAUAUAAACAAUCACUGUAAACAUUAUCAUUUAAGGGAAGAAUGUAAUACAAAAUAUCAAUACAAAGUGUCAAGACAGAAUAAAUUCUCUGCUGCUGCAGCAACAGAGUUACAGUCUAUAGGUCCCUAAAAUAUAUAGAUAUCUAAUGUAUUCAUACAUUGUUUAUGUAGGAUAUAUGCAUGUAUAUAUAACAUAAUCAUAUUGUUUCUUCAACUUAAAAAUAGCUGACCGUUUUUUUCCCCUUCUCUGGGAUUAUAUUCCCAGUUUUGAUCUCGGACGUCUGGUCACUUAUAGCGUAUAAGAAUAUUAUAUUACUGUUAAGCAAACUAUGAAUAAUAAAAACGCCAAAACAUGUGUCCGUUAUCAUAGCUACACGUAUGACAAAAAAACGCGUGAAAAUCAGUGGUAUUCAGUGAGGUAAGAUGAAUUAAAUGCGCUGACAGUUCAUUGCUCCUGCCAAAUGAAUUGCACUGAGUGGAGAGGAUCACCACUCCAAGAUGGCGGCUCUGCGUCUCGUCUGCGCCAGUAGGCAGUAGCGCUCAAUGCUGCGUACCCUUAGAACAUGUCUAUGGUUAUAACGUUAGCAGUGAGUUUGCAGCCUCACUGAUUUAACUACACAGCAAAUAAAAGUCAUGUUACUUAGCCAAUAAACGUUAUCUUACAUUCAAAACUUACCCUUCUUUGUGCAACUUCAAAUGUCGAACGAAGUUGGAAGUUGUUGCGUCUCCGUCUGUAAUAUUCGAACUGCGUGAUUUGCAUACGGCAAUUCGUUUUUUGUUGACCAAGUCGUAGUUGUUAUACCCGAACGAAACCAACUUUGGCAUAAUUGUUUCUCACUGCCGCAUUGUUUGACAACUCUUGUUCGGUGGUUGUCCUGCAAUUGGAUUGGAUGAGAGCUGUGUGAUGAAAACAACGUAGAUUUAAUUUGAUUGGCUGUUGUACUGACAGCACACACGCUGACAAGCAGCACACACGCUUAUAGACACAGACGUAUAAAAUGAAAGAUACGGAGCGCUCCCAAAUAACUUUUUAAGGUUUGGGUUUUGGGGAAAGUAGCAAGUCAUGUCAAGUCAAAAGGCUCAAGUCCAAGUGAAGUCACAAGUCAUUGAUGUUAAAGUCUAAGUCGAGUUGCAAGUCUCUUUACAUUUUGUCAAGUCGAGUCUAAAGUCAUCAAAUUCAUGACUCGAGUCUGACUCGAGUCCAAGUCAUGUGACUCGAGUCCACACCUCUGCUAAUCAGUAUGGAGAGUAGCACCCUACGAUUUCCACGUUAACGGAACGGCGGACGGAAUCACGGAAUUGGCCAAUAAAAACGGAAUCUACUACUUAACGCGGAAAAAUCGUGGAAAUUGACGUAAGGUGACUGAAAUGCGGUCAUCGUGAGGAGUAAUUGUGUUAAUUGUGUAAUUGUGCUUAUGUAACAAAAUUUCGUUCUUAUCUGUGCUGUAAAGUUCAAAUUUGAAUGACAAUAAAAAGGAAGUCUAAGUCUUAACGGUGACACGUGCGCGUCCUCACAAACAUUCAACCACUCCCACUAAAACUAUACUUUUUACUCACCACAAUGGAUCUACGCCAGCACUCUCGCCUGCCUCUUUUUGGACAAGCACUAAGGAGCCACCUCAAAAACAAGUGUGCGAAAAAACUAAAAAACGAAUCUCUUACCCCAAAGAGCCGAACAGUUACCAAAAUACUUCUUUGUCGUCCAAAAGAAGAGUGAAAAGCGCAGUGCCAAUGCAAUGUUAGCCAUCUGCUGUUGACCACCGAUGCCAGGGAUUGUAGUAUCUUAACCCUGUAACACCCCUUGUUGUAAAAUUACAACAUUACCUUUAACCAUCCUAAAAAACAAUCCGUUAUAUACAUGUAUAUAUAUAUUUUAUUUUUUUUACCACAUUUACAUAGUCAUUGGGUCCUAUUGUUCAGUCUCACAAGGCUAUUGGAUCGUAAAUUGGUUUAUAAGUCACGCCUUCUGGCCAUGAACUCACACAACCUCUCAAGGUUUCCUUAGAACAACAUCUAUUUGUUUCAUUGGACUGGAUUCAUCAGAUUCAAGUAAAUAAAAUGUCUUUUAUAUUUUUUGGGGUUGUUAUUACAAUGUCUAGAGCAUGUGCAUAUGUAGUUAUUGUGGAACAGAUGUAUAAAAUUUCAUUUAGAGCUUGUUAUAUAAUUGUUGUAAUUAUACAACACUGGGUGAAUGUGGUAGUCAAAAUGCUGGCUUGUUGCAGUGGGUUCAAAAAGGUUGUAUUCCCUCCACUACAUCACUGCCUGAAGUAUUUUCUCUAUACAUGGAUAGUAUACAUUCUACCCUUGUGUUUUGUUCAAAUGCCUCCUACAACAACAUCUAAAAGGUCAAAUAUUUUUAUUUUUUCAGGUUUUUCUAUAUUUGGGUCUUACAGGGUUAAAGGGGUCAUAUUGUGAUUGUUUCCCUAAAUUUAAAACACUUCCUUGUGGUCUACAUCAGUGUUUUUCAACCUUUUUUGAGCCAAGGUGCAUUUUUUUCAUUGGAAAAAUUCUGGAGGCACACCACCAGCAGAAAUCAUUAAAAAAUGAAACUCAGUAGACAAUAAAAAAGUCAUGGUCACAAUUGUUGGAUAUGAAUUUAAACCAUAAUGAACCACGCAUCAAUAUAGCUCUUGUCUCAAAGUAGGUGUACUGUCACCACCUGUCACAUCACGCCCUGACUUAUUUGGAGUUUUUUGCUGUUUUCCUGUGUGUAGUGUUUUAGUUCUUGUCUUGCGCUCCUAUUUUGGUGGCUUUUCCUGUCGCAGUUUCAUGUCUUCCUUUGAACGCUAUUCCCCCGCACCUGCUUGGUUAGCAAUUAAGAAUAUUUUAAGUUUUUGCUAUCUUUUUUUGUGUGGACAUUGUUGUCAUGUUAUGUACGGAUGUACUUUGUGGACGCCAUCUCUGCUCCACAUGCUGUAAGUUUUUGCUGUCGUCCAGCAUUCUGUUUUUGUUUACUUUGUAGGCAGUUCAGUUUUAAUUUUGUUCUACAUAGCCAUCACUAAGCUUUAAUGCCUUUUCUUAGGGGCACUCACUUUUUGUUUAUUUUUUCGGUUUAAGCGUUUGAUACCUUUUUACCUGCAUGUUUUUCUUGUUUCUUGCAUUGAACAAAGAACAGUGCCAGGUCGAAUUCCUUUUGUUGCAUACUUGGCCAAAAAUGGCGAUUCUGAUUCUGACUAUAACUUUGGACUACAACUGUAUGUCGCAAAAGUCUUUGAGUAAACCGAUGGACCCCACCCUAAACAUGCACAAUCUGUGGGUGAAAAGGCGCAUGUAAAAUGUCAAUUAAGGAAUGACUAGAAGAGCCUGAACUUUAAAAAAAACUAUUCUUAGCCGUUUUCUGCGUUGUCACUGUCAAUAAUACAGAGGCAAACUUCCCCAUUUUGUCCCUGUGACGCAGUGGAAAAGUGCUUGUCUUGCAAAAAAAUUGACACUGGGCUCAAAACCAGGUUAAAGUUCCCGUUGUAAGGUUGAUAUAUUUUUAUUUUUCAGUAAAAAAUAUUAUUGAACUGUUCAUUUCCCAUAAAUUUGUUUUAGUAUAAAGCAUGCAACAAACGUCAUUUAAGUUUGAUUAAAGCAAGUAUACAAAUAUUUUCUGAGAACCAAAAAAAAUGUAAAAAACAAAUUUUGCGUAAAACCCCACUUUAGCCUGGAGUGGCCCUGGGUAAACCUCUGUCAUAUAUGGACAUAUCCCCUGAUGAAACUACGACAAAUGACGUAACUAAAGUCUCAGAUUCCAAACCUCUCGUUUGAAGCAAGUUUGGAAGAAGGCAAGAUUGUUUUAUAAAUAUAUCCCCCAUGUCUCCAAGGUUAUUAUGUUACAACAUGAUUAGGCUUUAAUUUAAAAUUCUGGGCAAAAUUGUCCAACAAUGUAAGGUUGCUUGCUUUUCAUUCAAGGUUCAGAGCUUUAGGGGCCAUUUUUAAGUUGUAUUUUCCAAGGUAGUUUUGCAAGAACCACAACUGAUAAAAAGUACCGGAUGAUUAUCGGAGUAUAUGGUGUUAAAAAGAACAACAGUGUAAACCAGGGGUCACCAACCUUUUUGAAACCAAGAGCUACUUCUUGGGUACUGAUUAAUGCGAAGGGCUACCAGUUUGAUACACACUUAAAUAAAUUGCCAGAAAUAGCCAAUUUGCUCAAUUUACCUUUAACUCUAUGUUAUUAUUAAUAAUUAAUGAUAUUUACACUUAAUUGAACGGUUUAAAAGAGGAGAAAACACGAAAAAAAUGACUAUUAAAUUUUGAAACAUAGUUUAUCUUCAAUUUCGACUCUUUAAAAUUCAAAAUUCAACCGAAAAAAAGAAGAGAAAAACUAGCUAAUUCGAAUCUUUUUUUAAAAAUAAAAAAAAAACAAUUUAUGGAACAUCAUUAGUAAUUUUUCCUGAUUAAGAUUAAUUUUAGAAUUUUGAUGACAUGUUUUAAAUAGGUUAAAAUCCAAUCUACACUUUGUUAGAAUAUAUAACAAAUUGGACCAAGCGAUGAGGUGGCGACUUGUCCAGGGUGUACCCCGCCUUCUGCCCGAUUGUAGCUGAGAUAGGCUCCAGCGACCCCAAAGGGAAUAAGCGGUAGAAAAUGGAUGGAUGGAUGGAUGGAUGGACCAAGCUAUAUUUCUAACAAAGACAAAUCAUUAUUUCUUCUAGAUUAUCCAGAACAAAAAUUUCAAAAGAAAUUCAAAAGACUUUGAAAUAAGAUUUAAAUUUGAUUCUACAGAUUUUCUAGAUUAGCCAGAGUAAUUUUUUUGAAUUUUAAUCAUAAUAAGUUUGAAGAAAUAUUUCACAAAUAUUCUUCAUUGAAAAAACAGAAGCUAAAAUGAAGAAUUAAAUUAAAAUGUAUUUAUAAUUCUUUACAAUAAAAAAAAAAUGUACUUGAACAUUGAUUUAAAUUGUCAGGAAAGAAGAGGAAGGAAUUUAAAAGGUAAAAAGGUAUAAGUGUUUAAAAAUCCUAAAAUCAUUUUUAAGGUUGUAUUUUUUCUCUAAAAUUGUCUUUCUGAAAGUUAUAAGAAGCAAAGUAAAAUAAUUAAUGAAUGUAUUUAAACAAGUGAAGACCAAGUCUUUAAAAUAUUUUCUUGGAUUUUUUAAAUUCUAUUUGAGUUUUGUCUCUCUUAGAAUUAAAAAUGUCGAGCAAAGCGAGACCAGCUGCUAGUAAAUAAAUAAAAUUUAAAAAAUAGAGGCAGCUCACUGGUAAGUGCUGCUAUUUGAGCUAUUUUUAGAACAGGCCAGCAGGCUACUCAUCUGAUCCUUACGGGCUACCUGGUGCCCGUGGGCACCGCGUUGGUGACCCCUGGUGUAAACCGAAAUGAACCAAACACCAUGUCUUAAAUCCGUAAUAAGAUCCGAACCAUGGAUUUUUUUCACCGUUCCACUCCUACUAGGUAUACUUUUAAAGAUAAGUCCAUGAAAUUUUGAUGGGAAUCCACUUAACUUCAUAGGAUAAAUGUCACUUUUUUAUUGUUACGUAAUCUUGUAUCAGAAUCUUUGAGGUCAAAUCCACUUUUGUAAAGAUUCUGGGAUAUUUAAUUGAAAACAAUUAUAAAUGUACGGUAAAUAAAACCAGUGUUUAAACUCACAGUAAAUUUCAGUGAGUCUUUGUCAGUUACUGUAAUAUAGACUCUUUAAUUUGUUGUGAAAUGACUGACCUGCCUUUGAACUGUAAAAAGCUGAAUUCCCAAAAUAGGCACAGCCAUUUGUGUAUUUUGUUUACCACCACCGCAACGCCAUCAAGGAGCUUUUUGGACUUGAUGGCAGAUCAUGUGUUCAAAGAAAAAGUAAUGUGCUUCUUUUUUUGUCAAAGGGGGCGUAACUUUGAUUAGAUUGCAUAAAAUAACUGUAAGGUCCCCUGCAGGUGCAAGUAGUGUGCAAUAUUCAACUGCUGCUCUCUUCCUUUAUGGUGUAACUGUAACACAACACUUGUACCAUCAAUAUAUGUCCACAAUGUCCCCCUUUUUUAAAAAUAUUGCCACCAAAGUGAUGGAACCUGGAACCAUCUUUGCAUACUGUCCUUAGGGCAGUUAGUGUUUCCGUGUUUUUCAGUUUAUUUGUGGCCUGAGGUCAAAGUGAUGAAUAAACACAUGUUAUAUUAUAUUAAUAAUAAUAAUGUUGUGAACACUUUUAUGUGACCUACAUAUAUACUAUAUUUUCAAACAUGUGACUUUAUUGAAUGCAUUUUCUAUCAACUAUUAUUUCUAUAAAAACAAUGUUCUAUGCAGAAAUGUUCUAUCCCCUGUGUUGUACAGUAAAAUAAAAUCAUUUUCAA